UAGAACGAGUCAUUCAAGCUUGUUUAGAGAAACCUCACAGAUUGACAUCUGCACUAAGGGACUGUCUACAAAUAGGGCCAUUCGCAUAGUYGGUACCCACACAUGAAUCAGCACUGCGCGAGACCUCACUUCGAUAAUACCGACUACAARUCUGCGUUCAUGGAUCUCUCCAGCACGCCAGUGUCUCAUGGAUACACCRCAUAUAACACGGUGGCACCAAACUUUUAUCCCAUGGGUUACUAUCAACACCAAAGAACUCCUGAAUAUGGUUUACACUGCAAUACAAGGAAUAGCUUCAUGCCAAUGCUUAACCAYCACCCUCUAUCACAUCAUCCGUAUUUGACACCGACACCUCUGCAAAACUAUCCAGGAAACCAUGAUCUCAUACACGAAGAUAAAAGUCAAUGUGACGAGCCAAGACUGAACGGCAAAGGCAAGAAGGUACGGAAACCACGUACCAUUUAUUCCAGCUUUCAACUCCGUGAGUUGAACAAGAGAUUUCAAAAAACUCAGUAUCUUGCUCUACCAGAACGAGCAGAUCUAGCCGCGUACCUUGGUCUCACACAAACACAAGUCAAAAUUUGGUUUCAAAACCGAAGAUCAAAGUACAAGAAGAAUCUGAAAGCUGUAAACGAAGGGACGUGCAGUACCGUGAAGGAAGAAAACAACGUUAGCGAUACACAGCCGUCUGGAUCCCCCGAAAGAUGGCAACAGUCCGCAAGCACAUCGUCGGCGAAAGAUUCCGGUCUCGUAACGAUGGUCAAUUCAAAAGCACUCAUGCAGCAGCAGCAGCGUCAACAGCCAUUAGAUCACUGGAAUAUCCCUUCUUCGACUAUAAAAACCUUUGUGACRGACACUAUAUCAUCCAUGAUGACAUAAACUGAUGAACAAUCUGUACAUAGACGCGUAAUGUUGUAUGCUUGUACCUACAUAUAUAUAGAUAUAUUUAAAUGUGAAUUAGAAUUGAUCAAUUUCAAUAUGAUGCAGGGUCAGAUAUCUAAAAGAAGUUGAACCUAACUUUAUUGACUUGCUAUCUUAAAUAACGUCAUUUAAGAGAAUGGUAGAGGACAGCUUUUCGCAUAUCUCAGUCUUCCGCGUAUCUUCUGCGCGCACUUGCUAUAUAUCAUAAGACAGUUACAAUUGCCAGUGAGCGCUACUAAAAAAUCUCUCAAAAGCUUUUAGUUCUUACUACUGGACUCGGUUUUUCAGGACUACACUUUAAGUCACAUUUGAUUGACGCUUAUCGAAAUAGCUAAAACGUCAAGUUACUCGCUUGUUGUACUUGAAAAAUCAUUUUCUCUUGCUUCAGUAAGAAAUGUAAUGCAUGGCAGCCUGAACACAUCUCAAAUUGUAAAGAGAAAUACUUAUUAAGGUUGCACACUAUUAAUGAGUAUUGAAAAUCCACAGUAUAUUAUAGCAAUGUAAAAUAUUCUCGUUCAAUAAAGUUAAUAUGAGCCUUA